ACAAAUUUUGAUGAAUUUCAAGAAAAUUGUUUACGAGUUGAAGAAAUGGCGACUAGUUAUUUAGUUAUGCUUGUUUACAUUGCCAAUUGUUUUAUUCAUGCGGAAUCCGUGAAAUGUAUAAGAUGCAGCAGCACAGAUUACAAUUCGCCAUGUCGUCUAGGAACUGAUGAAACAUUAUAUGAAUGUCCUUCCGACGAACAGUCUUGUUAUGCAGAAUAUUUCUACGGUGGAAGCAAACCCCUUUACCGUAGGGGGUGCUCAAAUUCUAACUGGUGCGAAUAUCAGAAAAAUCAGCAUGGUGAUGAUUUUAAAUAUUGCAAAACUUGUGAUGGAGAAAAAUGCAAUACUGCUACAAUUGGCGGCCCAGACAGUUCGCAAAUACAAUGCUAUACAUGUUCAUCCGAAGAUAUUUAUAGUGAUUGUAAGAAAGGAGGUAUCGACAAUAAAAUACAGCUAUGUGAAAAAGGAAUAAAGAAGUGUUUUAAUGAAUAUAUCGCAACAUCUAAAAGGGAAAUUUGGACCAGAGGCUGUGCAAGAGACGAUUAUUGUUCAUCGCAAGAAAGCAAAUAUGGCCAGUCGCUACAAUUUUGCAAAUAUUGCCAUGAUGAUUUGUGCAAUACAUAAAAAUGAUGAAUUUAAAAGUAAAUAAAUUAUUUCUUUAC